UCACAUGACAUGACACGAACAUUUUCAAUUCUUCUUUAGCCCUUCACAGUUCACAACGCCGUUUGGUGUUCUCGAAUUCCAACCAUGAAUCGCCAAAUUCACGGAGCUGUAUCUUCUUCUUCUAAACCAAUCUCCUCAAAAACCCAACGUCCUCUCUCCGAUUCCAACUCAGCCAAUGGAGCUUCUGGGUCGGUGACUCGAGUGUAUACCCGAAAGAAAAGACUAAAGCAGGAAGCUUCGGAGCCUCUGGAGAUAAAUCCCGGCAAAGGAGUCAAUACCCACAAACAGCUACGUGGUUUACCCGAUAUAGAAGAUUUUGCUUACAAAAAGACUAUUGGAUCUCCUUCAUCUAGGAGGUCAACGGAAACUAGCAUCACUGUGACUUCAGUCAAAACAGCAGGAAAUCCGCCUGAAAACUGGGUAAAAGUGCUCGAGGGAAUUCGUCAAAUGAGAUCUUCUGAAGAUGCACCAGUUGAUUCUAUGGGAUGUGAUAAGGCCGGAAGCUUUCUACCUCCUACGGAAAGAAGAUUUGCUGUCUUGCUAGGAGCACUUCUUUCAAGUCAGACAAAAGAUCAAGUUAAUAACGCGGCAAUACAUCGUCUUCAUCAAAACAGCCUUCUUACACCGGAAGCCGUUGACAAAGCUGAUGAAUCAACUAUAAGAGAAUUGAUCUAUCCGGUUGGAUUUUAUACAAGGAAGGCUACAUAUAUGAAGAAAAUAGCUAGAAUUUGUCUAGUGAAAUACAACGGAGACAUUCCUAGCUCUUUGGACGACCUGCUGUCUCUUCCAGGGAUUGGUCCCAAGAUGGCCCAUCUGAUUCUGCAUAUAGCAUGGAAUGAUGUCCAAGGUAUAUGUGUAGAUACACAUGUGCAUCGCAUUUGCAAUCGACUUGGUUGGGUGUCUCGUCCAGGAACCAAACAGAAAACUACAUCUCCAGAGGAAACAAGAGUAGCUUUGCAACAAUGGCUUCCAAAGGAAGAAUGGGUUGCCAUUAACCCGCUUUUGGUGGGGUUUGGACAAACGAUUUGCACACCAUUAAGACCUCGCUGCGAAGCUUGCAGUGUCACUAAGCUUUGUCCUGCUGCAUUCAAAGAGACAUCAAGCCCAUCUUCCAAAUUGAAGAAAUCUAACCGAAGCAAAGAACCAUGAUCCAAAGUCCAAGACCUCUGUAUUUUGAGAGAAACAAAAACCAUUUUUUGAUUAGUUUCUCUCUUUGCAUCCAAGAAGUCUGUUAGAGCUUCGAGGAUUGCAACUAAAUCUUGUAUGUUGAGGAUGAAAACUUGCCUAUGUAUAUUGGAUUAGAGCAAGUUAGGAAGAUUGCAGAUAAUUAAUUAUUAUGGAUUUCGAAGAGACCAA